UCUUUUUUUUCUUAACUGUAGACAUACAUCCAUAUAACAUUAUGUACUUAUAGACUGUGUCAUUGAUUCAGAGCAGGGAAGCCCAGCCAACAGAUAUGACUGGUACAAUUUGAGUUAGUUUUCCUUUUAUUAAAGGAUAUUGUCACACCUGUCCAUGGUGAAAAAUGUUGGAUUGCGUCAUCAGCCGACUGCGCAGGAAACAAAGCGACUGAUGUUCUGAACGUGGCCCUUCCUUUUACUUGGCGCAUGCGUAGAAAGGCCGAGCAAAAAUGACAGCUCUCUCUCCUCUGUCUCCUGUGGAAGUCGACACAGCUGGUGAUUUCUGGCAACUUUAAAAUGGAAAGGAAUAAAACAUUAUAUAGAUAUUUGCAUGGAAUGUAAUGACUAUAUAUAUAUAUAUAUUGUUUCUGAAAUAUUAAUGGUUUUGUUGUAGUAUCCGGUGAAUGUAUUCAUGUAAUUUGGGUUGACAGCGUCUUUUAGGUAGCUUUUUGUUUUGUUAUAAGCUAGCAGCAAGCUAACUGUUAGCUACGCGUUACCUUUACGAGAAGGCCAGACUUGUCUUUAUUUGCUGUCAUAAUUCGCAUUACCUAGUUAGCUACCUUUUACGCAGGGAAUAAAUUAGGUAUACAUAUCGUCGUGUUUGCUCUGUUUGUUUACACUUGUUUAUUUUCAAAACUCUGAUUCUCUUGAGUGAUCGCAUUUAUUUUGUUUUGGACAAUAAGGACGCAAGUAACGGUUACUGUUACUAGUCUUAGUUUCCUACCUUGGCUUCGGACACCUUGUUUAUCUUUUAUGUAUUGAAGUACCUGGUCAAAGGAAAGGAAUAUAUUUUUUACACCAUGCUUCUGGAAGUCGGUGUGUUGCUUUGGGCCGGUUGCCACGGGCCAAAACUCUAAAAAAGAAGUGAUUUCAAGUCAACUUGACGACUCACAAUCAACAUCAGCUGUUUUCCUUUCGACGCGUUGGAUACUAACGUUUAGCUACAUUAAACUCAGCUACUUCCAUUAACUUGCUCUGUACCAUUUGACAGCUUGCUUAUCGAGCUCGUCAACCCCCCCCCCCAUAUGAUCAGUUUAGUGUCUGGGACAUCUAGGUAACCGUUGUGCCUUUCGUUUCCACCAUGUCUUGUGUACAUUAUAAGUUCUCAUCUAAACUCAACUACGACACGGUCACUUUCGAUGGCCUGAACAUCACUCUAGCCGAUCUGAAAAGACAGAUUAUGGGUCGGGAGAGACUCAAAGCUGUCGACUGCGGGCUACAAAUCACCAACGCACAAACUAAAGAAGAAUACAAAGACGAUGAGGCCUUGAUAUCCAAGAACUCUUCUGUCAUCAUCAGAAGAAUACCCAUCGGAGGAGUCAAGGUUACAAGCAAGAUGUAUAACAUCGAGCGUUUUUCAGAACACAACUUCCCCGUCGGAUCCUCCAAAGCAGAUCGUUCUUCGGAUCACAAUCACUUCCCCGUCGGAUCGUCCAGAGCAAUUGAUGAUCAUGCUGCAUCUAUAUCACUGGCCCAACUCUCAAAGACGGCUAACCUGGCCGAGGCCAACGCAUCAGAGGACGACAAGAUCAGAGCCAUGAUGUCACAGUCCAACCACGACUACGACCCCAUACAUUAUGUGAAGAAGUUGACGGGUCCCCCUCCAGCCAACUACACCUGUUAUCGCUGUGGCAAGAACGGACACCACAUCAGGAACUGUCCUACUAACGGGAAGGAGAAAGGGUUUGAGCCGCCCCAGAGGAUCAAGAAGAGUACCGGCAUCCCCCGUUCCUUCAUGAAGGAGGUGGACGACCCGUCUAUAAAGGGCGCCAUGUUGACCAACACCGGCCGCUACGCCGUCCCCACUAUAGAUGCUGAGGCCUACGCUUUAGGUAAGAAGGAGAGGCCUCCGUUCGUCCCCAGGGACCAGUCCAGUUCCGAGGAGGACGAGGAUCCGGUCCCUGAUGAGCUGCUCUGUCUGCUCUGUAAAGACCUGAUGACUGACGCUGUGGUCAUACCCUGCUGUGGCAACUCCUACUGCGACGACUGUAUCCGUACGUCUCUGCUAGAGUCAGAGGGACAUGUGUGUCCCACCUGUAGCCAAUCGGAUGUCUCCCCUGACGCCCUCAUAGCCAAUAAGUUCCUGCGCCAGGCAGUAAAUAACUUUAAGAAUGAGACCGGUUACACCAACCGCAUGAUGAUGAGAGUAGCCCAGACCCUCGUCGUCCCCACCCCUACCCCUCCUCUUCAGCCUCAGUCCCGCCCUCAGAUCCCGCUCCAGCCUAUCAGGAGCCACCAGCAGGACCCUCUCAUGCCCCGCCCUCCAGCCUUAGACACGCCACCAUUGGCUCAGCAGCAGCAGGUUGGCCCGCCCCUCAGAGUCGGGAACCAUAAUAACUCCUCCCACAUGGCUGCUGGCUCCUCCUAUAACUCAACGGGCCCCUCCCCCCAGCACCCAACCAAUCACAACAACACGCUUAUUAUAACAAAAGAGCCAGUUCAGUCUGUGAUGGUCUCAGCUGACCCCCCUUUAGCCACUGCCCUCAUGACCAAGGAAUACCAUGUUCCAGUGGUGGGCCAACCCCAGUCUGACAGUCACUUCCUGCAGAGGACAGGUCCUCCACCCAGGUCCAAUCCUCCCAGACUUUCUGAGGAACCAGCCCAUUGGGACAGGUACAGCUCCUCCGGUCGUGGCAGGAACCAUAGCGACCGCGCCCCUCCCUCCCAGCCCCCGCCCUCCAACGUGCCACCCCCUCUCUACAACCCUCCCUCCAUUUUCUCCUCCCCUCUCCCCCAUCCCCCAGGUGUCAUACCCCCCCACUACCCCCCUCCCCACUUCCCCCCGGGGCAACAGCCCCCCUCCAGCUACUCCCUGCCCCCUCCUGGCUACCCCCCCACCCCAGGAGUCACCAACCCCCCCUGGGCGCCCCCCAACACCCAGCCCCCCCUCGCCGGGAAGCCGAGCCCCUCUUCCUUCCUGUCCAAGGAUGAGUUCUACAGACAACAGAAGAGGCUGAAGGAUACCUCCCACUGUCGCUACGGUAACCGGGAAAAGUCCAAGCUGGAUGAGUUCACGAACGACUUUGCCAAGGAGCUGCUAGAGUACAGAAAGAUCCAGAAGGAGAGACGACGCUCUUAUUCCAGGUCUAGGUCGUCUUACAGUAGCUCAUCCUACUCCAAAUCCCGUUCCCGUUCUCGUUCAUACUCCCGUUCCUUCAGUCGUUCCAGAUCCCGUUCCAGAUCCCGUUCCAGAUCCCGUUCCAGGUCUUACUCCCGCUCCUCUCCGUACUCCCGCCGCCACGGACGACCGCGGGGCUACCGCUCCCGUUCCCGUGGCUACCGCCGAUCACGCUCGCCACCGCAUUUCAGGGACCGAGAUGGGACGGGACGGGGGAGAGGACGUGGACGAGGAGGAGGGUACCGGUCACGCUCUAGAUCACCUGGCCAAGGGGGUUACAGGACCCACACUCCUCCACCCCCAAGCUCUAGGAAACCUGUCGCUGCUGGGCCGCCACCGGAGGGAGAGAGGAAAUACCCGAGCCGGACCCGGGAGAGGGAUCGGGAGCCGGCGGUGUACGACCGUGGUCCAGACCACAAUGACCCGUACGAGAGGGAGAGGUACCGGGAGUGGGAGAAAGAGUACAGGGAAUGGUACGAGAAAUACUUCAAAAACUACAACUCCCACAACCCUCCUCCCAAUAACCCCCCUCUCUACAGGGGCCGACCCGCCCUUAGUUUCGCCCCCGCCCCUGUGCCACCCACAGCCGCCGGACGAGACAGAGACCCCUACAACCCUCCCCCACCCUCGGACUUCUACCCCUCCCCCCGACGCCGCCUGGACCGUGGAUCCUCCCCCUUCAGCCGAGGGAGGAGGCGAGGUGAGGACUAUCCCCCUCCCCCCUCACACCCCUCCCCCAGGGGCAGGAACCAGCCAAUGACUUACCAGGAGAAGUGUGCUGAGCAGUUUGGAAAUGUGCCACUGGCCUGGUCAGCCAAUCAGGAUCCUCAGACGCCACUGAAGGUCGCUAAGGGUGACAGAGAUCCGUCGUCGAGCGUCGCCGCUGCCGCGUUCACCGUGACCUCCGACCUGAAAGAGCAGAAGCACAGGAAGAGGAAGAAGAGGAAGACGGAGCAAGGGAGAGAGGGAGGAGAGUCCUUCAGUGCGUCUGACUCUACGGACGACUCUCGCAAAGAAGAAGAAGAGGAGAAGGAGAAGAGGACCGGGAGUACUCCCGUUGGUUCGUCAAGCCAUGACGACUCCACCCCAGUACGGGACGAGCCAAUAGACAGCGACGCCUCAGACUUAGUCCCGGACAAAGCUGACAGGCGGACCAGGGACGGUAAGGAGAAGGGAGUGAGGAGAAAGAGUGACAGAGUGUAUAAACACAGACCGGACGCCAGCGCAGCGAGGAAAGACUCAUCGUCCAAGAGCUGGAAGACCAGCAGAGAUAGAGACGUAGAGACAGACCGGGACAAGACCGGUACAGCCCGGGACAAGACCGGUACAGACCAGGGCAAGACCGGUACAGCCCGGGACAAGACCACCCCAGCCGGAACAGCCAAACAGGAGACUUCUCUAACAGAACCGUCAGUCAAACGGGUCAAAAGUGAAUCUAUCCCCUUCCAAUCAGACUCUUCCACCUCCCCCCAGAGAGGGGUGGAACUCCAACCCCCUGCACCCCUAGCAUCAGCUCCCAAACUACCUCCUCUCAAACCCCACCCAGACCCAUUCAAACCGGUUAGAACCGACCCAAACCAGUUCAAACCUGUCAGAACCGACCCAGACCAGUUCAACACAGUUAGAAACGAACCAAACCAGUUUAAACCAGUUAGAACCGGCCCGGAUCAGUUUAAACCGUUCAGAACCGACCCGGAUCAGUUUAAACCUGUCAGAACCGACCCAGACCAGUUCAACACAGUUAGAACCGACCCAAACCAGUUUACACCAGUUAGAACCGGCCCGGAUCAGUUUAAACCGUUCAGAACCGACCCGGAUCAGUUUAAACUGUUCAGAACCGACCCGGACGAUUCCAGACCAGCCAAGGAGGAGCAGAGAGGGAAGAGAGAUCCAGGGGCUCGGCAGGAUAGGGGCUCAGGCAGAGAGGACAAGCCCAGGAGAGAGGCUGACAACAGGGUGGGUAGAGAGCAGGAGAGAGCCCCGGGCAAAGCUCCAGACACCAAGUCUGAGAAGAGGAGGAGGAAGGAGGAGGAGGAGGAGAAGAGGAAGACGAGAAAGGAGGAGAAGAGUAUGUCUGAUAAGGAGGUGCCCCAAAUCAAAUCUCCCACAGUGGAGCUCAGUGAGACCGUAAAACCCUGCAACAUCAAACGUGACGUAGAGAAAGAGACGGAAAGAGAGGAGAGGGAGAGGGCUUCCGUAAGGCCUCUGAUGGAGAUGAAAGGAGGAGACCCUCAGAGGGAGAGGGCUUCCGUAAGGCCUCUGAUGGAGAUGAAAGGAGGAGACCCUCAGAGGGAGAGGGCUUCCGUAAGGCCUCUGAUGGAGAUGAAAGGAGGAGACCCUCAGCGGAAGAUAAAGACAAACAGAGAAGAAGGGAGGAGGGCCGGCGUGGUUGUGGGCGUGGCCGGAACAGAGGCAGCCAACCAGAGCAGCUAUACGAAGGGAAGCGUAGAGAGGGGCAAAGCCAAGAGGAGCCGUAAGGUCCUAGCGUCCGACGGACCAGGAACCCUAGUGGACAGCGCCAGCACCAGUCCACCAGGGGGCAGUAGUCCUGUGUGUGGUGAUGGAGCAGAGGGCAGAGCAGAGCAGAGGAAGACGGUCGUUAAAACACUGGAGGAAUACACCAACGACAUCUCGACACCUGCUGACGGCCAUAUAGUACUCAUACAGGUCCCUCGCUCCAAGUGGGAGAAGGAGGACUACGAAUCAGAAGAAGAGGAAGGAGGGGUCAGGGUUCAACUCCGCCCCCCGCUCGCCCCAUCCCUCCCUUUCCCCCCUGGACCCCACAUCCCCGUGACAACGGAGACAGAGGCAGGGCGAAGGAAAGAGAGGGUUUGUACCUUUCCCGAGCCAGAGAGAACUAUGUCCCCCUCUAGUGGCAGAGACAGAGAAGACGGCCUGCAGGAUGGAAAACACUCCGGAGACCACAAACCUACUGAGAAAGACGGAGAGAUGGAGAGAGAGAGAGAUCGGUUAAAGGAGCGGGAGAGAGAGAGGGAAAGGGAUAAAGAACGGGACAGAGAGCGGGGGAAAGAGAGAGAAAGGGAACACAGCCGCGCCUCUGACAAAGAUAUGGACAGACCGAGAAAGAUUCCCUCUUCCUCUCAGCGGCCGGAGAGAGAGAGGAGAGAGAGGAGAGAAGGAGAGAGGACUGGGGAGAGAGGGACUGACCACAGCAGUGAAAAGAGCUCCUCUCAGCGGCCGGAGAGAGAGAGGCGAGAGAGGAGAGAAGGAGAGAGGACUGGGGAGAGAGGGAGCGACCACAGCAGUGAAAAGAGCUCCUCUCAGCGGCCGGAGAGAGAGAGGAGAGAAGGAGAGAGGACUGGAGAGAGAGGGAGCGACCACAGCAGUGAAAAGAGCUCCUCUUCCUCCUCACACUCUUACUCACGCGAUCGUAAACCCGUUUCUUCAUCCAGGGACCACAAAGCAACCUCUGACCGCAGACCACCGGACCCCAGAGCCCCGGACCCCAGAGCCCCGGACCCCAGAGCCCCGGACCCCAGAGCCCCGGACCCCAGAGCCCCGGACCCCAGAGCCAGGGAGCACAGAGACUACAAGCAGAGAGACCACUUCGACCACAAAGACAACAACGACCAUAACUCGUCCACCAUUGACCGUAACACCAACUCUACGGACCGUAGACCACCGGAAGACCAGGAGACCACCAGAGAACACAAAGACCACGGCGAGCUAGGCAGUACCUCUCCCGUCUCCGAGAGAGACCCACCUCCAUCUGACCCCUCCUCCUCCUUCUCCUCCGGCACCCAGAGAUCCUCUGAGCCCACCAGACCCAGCGAGAGCAGCCCUGGCGGGGACACGACACAGGACAUAUACCCCUCUCCUCAGGUCUCCAGCUCCAUGGAGAACCAGCCCGGGAGGGUGAAGGCUGAGGGAGAAGAACCCAGAGCAGAGUGCUCCUCGGCGGGGACACAAAGCCAGCAGGCCAGCCUAGGAAACCUAGAGAAGGAGAUGAGCGGCUGUGGAAAGCUCCCUCAACACCCAGCCUCACUUCUACAGCCCCCCAGGACUGACAACAGGGCAGGGGUGCCCCGAGCUGUCAGAGAGAGAGAGAGAAAGAAAGAGAGAGAGUGGCAGAUGCAAAAGAUGAGGGAGAAGAUGGAGAAGGAGAGAGAGGAGGAGAGAGAGAAAAGGGUGGAUAGGGAGGAGGAGAGAGAGAAAAGGGUGGAUAGGGAGAAGGAGAGAGAGAAAAGGGUGGAUAGGGAGGAGGAGAGAGAGAAAAGGGUGGAUAGGGAGAAGGAGAGAGAGAAAAGGGUGGAUAGGGAGAAAAGGGUGGAUAGGGAGAAGGAGGGAGAGAAAAGGGUGGAUAGGGAGAAGGAGAGAGAGAAAUGGGUGGAUAGGGAGAAGGAGGGAGAGAAAGGGGUGGAUAGGGAGAAGGAGAGAGAGAAAAGGGUGGAUAGGGAGAAGAAGAGAGAGAAAAGGGUGGAUAGGAAGGAGGAGGGAGAGAAAAGGGUGGAUAGGGAGAAGGAGGGAGAGAGAGAGCACCCUAAAGUAAUACCUCCUCCCUCGGUCCCUUCUUCCAAAUCUCCUUCUGACCUGGUCAGAGAGACUGAUGAGGCAGCCUUCGAACCUGACUACAGCGAGGGAGAGAUCUCAGAGGGGGAGGACAGGGGGGAGGAGGAGGGAGAGAAAAAAGUGGGCGGACAGAGAGCGGUGGAGGGAGAGCGAGGGUUGGAGGGAGAGCGAGCGGUGCAUGGGGGUAGCAGCAGAAGUCGUAGCAGCAGCGCCAGCUCUGUCGGUAGCCUGGGCAACAAGAAAGACAAGAAGAAGAAAGAUAAAAAAGACAAGAAGAAGAAAAAGAAGAAAGAGAGAAAACAGAAGAGACAGGCGAGCCUGGACGCUGAGGAGGGAGACGUCACAGGACUGAAACACAAACACAAGAAGAAGAACAAGAAGAACAAGGACAAUACCAGAGAGAGAGAAGAAGAGGAGGAGGAGGAGAGAAGAGGAGAAGACCAAAUGGCUAGCGUAGCCUUAUGAGACAUUUCGUUGUGAAGCGUUUUCGAACCACGUUUCAGCCCCAAGGCUCGUGGCCCAAACCUUAUUCCCUAACUAGUGCACGACCUAAAGGUUUUGGACAAACCCUAGUGCACUAAGAAGGGAAUAGGGUGCCAUUUUGUAGGAAAGAGAUUUUUUUUUUUUUCUUCCUCGCCCUCCUGUCAGUGAGAAGGUCUCAGAGGCGUCACACAGCCUGUAUUCCAAAUACCUACUCCCUAUACAGGGCACUCCUUUUGACCAGGGCCCAUACCCCCUAUACAGGGCCCUCCUUUUGACCAGGGCCCAUAUCCCCUAUAUAGGGCACUAUGUAGGGGAUGUGGGUGUCAUUUGUGACGGGACCCCGUAGUGUAGAUCGUAUAGAGGACUUCAAACCGCUCUGCAAGUUGUCUACUUCAACACUUUAUCUGGGGGGGGGGGGGUUGCUGAGGAUUUGAAUUAAUUUAAUGACUUUAAGGCUGAUGUAUAAAACAUUAAUUUUUAGACUCUGCUCAACAUUGGCUGUUGCUUGGACGAGUCGGUUUACUUGAAUGAUGCUUCCAACUUUGAUUUAAAUUUUUUGUGUUUAUAAAAAAGAAUGUAAUUGCUAAACCUUGAUUUUGUCCCCCCCCGGGCCCCUCCCCCCAGAUUUGAUUUGUCCCCCCCCCCGA